AUGCCGCAUGUUAAGGGGGCCAAACUCCUCCCCCCGUCCCCCUGUAGUUUACCCCUUGUCCGCAAAAUGCUUGGUUGCCAUGUUUCGCCAAGAAAAACAUCAAAUUUUUAUUCUUCGUUCCUUUUUUUUUUCUUUGUUUCUUUCUUUCACCUGUCUUGCUUUUCUUUUAUUUGGUCUUUCUUUCUUUCUUUCUUUCUUUCUUUCUUUCUUUCUUUCUUUCUUUUUCUUUCACCUGCCUCGUCUUUUUUUCUUUCUUUCUUUCUUUCUUUCUUUCUUUCUUUCACCAGUCUCGUUUUUUUCUUUUAUUUGGUUCUUUCUUUCUUUCUUUCUUUCUUUUUUCUUUCUUUCUUUCUUUCUUUCUUCUUCUAUCUCAUUUGUCUUUUAUUGGGUUCUGCUUUCUUUCUUUCUUUCUUUCUUUCUUUCUUUCUUUCUUUCACCAGUCUCGUUUUUUUCUUUUAUUUGGUUCUUUCUUUCUUUCUUUCUUUCUUUCUUUCUUUCUUUCUUUCAUUCAUCUCUUUCUUUCUUUCUUUCUUUCUUUCUUUCUUUCUUUCUUUCUUUAUCAUUUUUCUUUAUUCCCAAGUAUCAAUUCUUCUUUCUUUCUUUCUUUCUUUCUUUCUUUAUUUAUUUAUUUAUUUAUUUAUUUCUCUGUCUCUUUCUUUUUUCUUUCUUUUUUUCUUUCUUUAUUUCUUUAUUUAUUUCAGCCGUAUCGUUUUCUUUUAUUUUGUUUUUUUUCUUUCUUUCUUUUUUCUUUCUUUCUUUCACAUAUCUUGCUUUCCUUUUAUUUACUUUUUUGUUUCUUUCUUUAACUUGUCACGUUUUUCUUUUAUUUGGUUCUUUCUUUCUCUCUCUCUUUCCAAAUUAUUCUUCCUUCUUUGCCAUCCAUCAACAUUCUGCUUUUUCCACACAAGAAAAUUCUUCUCCAGAUUCUUCCACCUACCAAAAUUCUUUGUUGUUGUCAAUUGUUGUUGUUGUUCUUGCACUCACGAAAAUUCUCCUCUUCUGUCACCCAUCAAAAAUCUUCUUCUUCUUCUUCUUCUUCUUCUUCUUCUUCUUCUUCUUCUAAUACUACUACUACUUUUAUUCAACAAAAUCCUUUUUCUUUCAAAGACCCAAAUUCUUCUUCCUCUUCUAUCACCCACCAAAAUUAUUUUACCACUUAUUCCACCUCGGAAAUCAUACUUAUUCCAAACCUCCAAAACUAUUUUUUCUCUUCUUCUUCGCACGAAAAUUCUUCUUUCUCUAUUUUCACCUCUAAUUUCACCCACCAAAAUUCCGGCUCAAUUCCAUCCGCCAAAAUUUUUCUUCUUUUUUUUUCACCAACUAAAAUUCUUCUUACACAUAUCAAAAUUACUAUUCCUCUUUUUCAUCCUUCUUCUUUUUCUGCCAUUCAACAAAAUUCUAUUUCUUCCACCCACAAGAACACUUCUUUCACUUUUUCACAGUUCCUUUUAUUACAACCACGAUAAUUCUAUUUCCUCUUCUUUCACCCAUCAAAAUUAUUCUUCCUUCUCUUCCAUCCAUCAAAAUUCUACUCCUCCUCCUUCUUCUUCUUCUUCUUCUUCUUCUUCUUCCUCGUCCUCUUCUUUUUCUUUUUUCCUCUUCUUCCUUGUCCUCCUCUUCUACUUUUUCUUCUUCCUUAUUUUCUUCUUCUUCUUCUUCUUCUUCUUCUUCUUCUUCUACUUUUCCUCUUCUUUUGCGUUUUCUUCUUCUUCCUCUUCCUAUUCUCCUUUUUAUUCUUCCUCCUCCUCUUCCUUUUCUUCUUCAUCUUCCUCGUCUUCUUAUUUCUCUUCCUCUUCCUCUUCUUCUUCAUCUUUCUCUUCUUCUUUUUCUUCCUCUUCUUCUUCUUCUUCUUUUGUUUUCGUGUAA